CGCAACCCCCCCAGGCAUAAGCUUGACCCGACGGCGCAAGUUACUCAGCCAACACCUUCGCCGUUACUACUAGAGUGUCCCAGGCGUACAGGUAUUACCUGUCAGUAACAGUCUCUUUCUCUCAUCGUCCAUCAUCGUCGCCCUUCAGUCUUUCAGCGAUGUAUCUACUCUCAUUUCUUCUGGCUUUGCCCUUGCUCUCACUCGCGCAGUCAUCACAGAGUGCCCAGCUCUCCACGUCUACGAUCGUGCAAGAGACUCUUGGUUCCAAUCGACAAACUAGCACAAUAACACAGAUCACCGUGUUCACCAUCACUCCCUCUCCCACGGCGUCCGCCAACAAUUCUGCCUCUGGUAACUCUUCUGCAACUUCCAGCGGUGCCAACAAUGGGACGACCACAUCAGUUGCCUACAGCAAUUUACCCACUGCAGCAUCUACUGUUGCUGGUGGCGAUGGCGGUGCCAACGGUGCCCCCAGCCCUGGAGCGACAGCAUCGGGUGGGAUAUACGGCCCUCCAGAUGGCUACAUUGCAGGCGCAGAAGCCUUGCGUAGUGCAAACAUUCUUGGGGCAGUCGUAUUUAUUGUUGGAGGGGCAUUGGUUCUGGUUUAGGAAAAACGGUUUCGAAACUAGACACUGUUCGUAUGUUUAUAGACCGCAUGACGCUGGCACACUGCCAACCAUACUUACCUACGAUAUUCUGUUCAGCUCUCUUCAAGCUCUCUUUAUUGGACAUGGACAGACCGAAGCCUUUCAGGAUUCGCUAAUGGAAUUGUAGUUCUGCAUACUUCGCACAUAUCUUGCAUCUUUGACCCAUGCCUUCCGCUCAUGGACCCUUUAUGACACUAUAUAUCCAGAUCGUCUUGGACCAAGCACAGUACUAGUAUACUGUAAUGAGACCUGGUCUUCUGACCAAUCCUAUAGGACCAUCAAUGAUGUUGCGUUUUACCGGAUUUGAGUCACGUAUCAUAUGUACCGUUCGUGCUCACAUG